CGGUAACGCUUGUCGCUCUGCCCAUCCAUUUCAUCUUCCUCACCACCGCUAACAUAUGUCCAUCUUGAUGGGGAGACCCUGCUUCCAACAAGGUGUUGUUUUAGUAGAGGGUAGACACUGGCUUGUGUGUGUGAGUGCUUCUUGUGUCGGUACCGACAUUGUUUUCACUGCCAUCAUGGCGUGCGGACUAGAUGGUAUCGAGCGUUGUGCAUCCUCUCGCUCACAUCCAUUCUCCUUUCCUAACAGUCAGUCCGUUCCCCUUUGUAGGGGGUUGAACAUGCGACUUGCGAAUAUUCGUGGUGCAAGUAGCAAGUGAGGGUUUGAGUGUAUUAACCGUUAUCUCAACAGGCCACAUUCGCUAUUCCAGCU